GAGAGAGAGAGGGCGGGGUGUAGUCUGCAGUGUGAUUGCAAUCUUCCUUCUCGUUCAUCCCUGGGUUAGCCGACUAUACGCGUGAAAAGGCUUUUUCUCCCAACAUGGAAACAUUCUGCUGUAGGCCUAUUCUGCUUGCAUUCGAGAGACACUAGCUUUGGGAUUAGAUUUGAUAGAACGAGAGAGAGAUGGCUUCGCGAUCCAGCCACUGGAAUCGUCAGCAGCAGAGGUAGAGGGUCUCUUGCGCUCGCCCAGCCGUCGAUGUUGCUGUCUGUUGCACGAUGAGCGUAGCUCUGCAAGAUUUGCGGAACAACAUGUCCAGCUACAAGCGUGCAACGUUUGAGGAGGAGGAGGCGGCAGAUAUCUCAGCUGAUGGGGGCAUGUCUCCGGACAGUGUGGAGGUUGGCUUCCGGAAGGGCGGCAUCCAGCUCCUUGGUCCUAUGGGCAGGAGGACGCAAAUGGAGGUGGUGCUGGCUGGCGUGCUGCUCUCCUCUCUCCUCGCCCUGUUCGGAUGUGCCGUCACGCUGGGCAUGCACUACAACAAAGACCCAGCGCGGAGCCUGUGUCUGACUGAGGCCUGUAUUACGGUGGCCAGUAAGAUCGUAGAGGCCCUGGACCGCAGCGCUGACCCCUGCCAGGACUUCUACCAGUACGCCUGUGGGGGCUGGGUCCGCAAAAACCCCCUCCCUGACGGACGCUCUCGCUGGAGCACCUUCAACAGCAUCUGGGACCAGAACCAGGCUGUCCUCAAACACCUGCUGGAGAACGGCACGUUCAACUCCAGCAGCGAUGCCGAGAAGAAGACUCAGUACUACUACCUGUCCUGCCUCAACGAGCAGCACAUCGAGGAGCUGGGAGCCACGCCUCUCAUUGACCUCAUCGCAAAGACAGGGGGCUGGAACAUCACGGGGCCCUGGGAGAAGGACAACUUUAUGGAGGUGCUGAAGACAGUGUCGGGCCCCUACCGUGCACAGCCCUUCUUUACCAUCGGAGUCAGCGUGGACCCCAAGAACUCCAACAGCAACGUCAUCCAGGUCGACCAAUCGGGGCUGUUCCUCCCCUCGCGGGACUAUUACCUCAACAAGACAGCCAAUGAAAAGGUGUUGAAGGCGUAUCUGGACUACAUGGUGGAGCUGAGCCUGCUGUUGGGGGGGGAUAAAACCUCCACACAGAGCCAGAUGCAGCAGAUCCUGGACUUUGAAACGGCGCUCGCCAACAUCACAGUACCCCAGGACGAACGUCGCGACGAGGAGAAGAUCUACCACAAGAUCACCAUCGCCCAGCUGCAGCUGCUGGCUCCAGCGGUGGACUGGCUGGACUACCUGUCCUCGGCCCUGUCCCCCCUGGACCUGAACGACACAGAGCCUGUGGUGCUAUAUGCCAAGGAGUACUUGCAGCAGGUGUCUGACCUGAUCAACAAGACCGAACGCAGCCUGCUCAACAACUACAUGAUCUGGAACCUGGUGCAGAAGGGAGCAUCCAGUCUAGACCAGCGCUUUGAGAACGCCCAGGACAAGCUGCUAGAGAGCCUGUAUGGAACCAAGAAGUCCUGCACACCUCGAUGGCAGACCUGCAUUGGGAACACAGAUGACACGCUCGGCUUUGCCCUCGGAGCACUCUUUGUCAAAGCAACGUUUGAUAAACACAGCAAAGAGAUUGCAGAGGGUAUGAUCAAUGAGAUCCGUACUGCCUUCAAAGAUACUCUUGAUCACCUCAAGUGGAUGGACAAACAAACGCGUCAGGCAGCCAAGGACAAGGCGGACGCCAUCUAUGACAUGAUUGGAUUCCCUGACUUCAUCCUGGACCCCAAAGAACUGGAUGAUGUUUAUGACGGGUAUGACGUCUCGGAAGACAACUUCUUCCAGAACGCACUCAACUUCUACAACUUCUCUGCCAGGGUGAUGGCCGAUCAGCUCCGCAAGCCGCCCAACAGGGAUCAGUGGGAGUAUGACCCUCCCACAGUCAAUGCCUACUACAUGCCCACCAAGAAUGGCAUUGUCUUCCCAGCUGGAAUCCUUCAGGCACCCUUUUAUGCACAGGAUCACCCCAAAGCACUGAACUUCGGGGGGAUCGGAGUGGUGAUGGGACACGAGCUCACUCAUGCCUUUGAUGACCAGGGCAGGGAAUACGACAAAGACGGGAACCUUCGGCCAUGGUGGCAAAAUUCCUCUGUGGAAGCAUUUAAGAACCGCACGGAAUGCAUGGUGGAGCAGUACAACGGGUUUACCAUCAAUGGGGAGCAUAUAAAUGGCAAGCAGACGCUGGGAGAGAACAUUGCUGACAACGGAGGCCUAAAGGCAGCCUAUAAGGCGUACCAGGCAUGGGUGCAGGAGAACGGUGAGGAGAAGAGGCUGCCAGCAGUCAACCUGACCAAUGACCAAUUAUUCUUUGUGGGAUUUGCCCAGGUGUGGUGUUCCGUGCGAACCCCGGAGAGCGCCCACGAAGGACUCAUGACGGACCCCCACAGCCCCCCAAAAUACCGCGUCAUCGGCACCCUCUCCAACUCGCCAGACUUUGCUGAGCACUUCCAGUGCCCCACUGGCUCCCCUAUGAACUCGGGUCACCGCUGCGUGGUGUGGUAGGGCCUGGGAGAACCAGUGGGGGGUGCUGUCUGUGGAAGCUGCAUGGGGAACCAAGAGGAGGAUGAAGAGAACCUCUAACUAAUCAUCUGACGUUUUUUAUUUGUUAUUUUAUUUUGUAUGUACAUGAUGCUGGAUCACUAGUGGUUUGUUGGUAGAGCAGGACAGACUCCAGGUGAGCGAGAGGGAGGUGCGUGGAGAGAAAUGUUGUCAUCUGCUGAUGUCUGCGUAAUUCCAGUGUUAUGGUAUUUUUCCUCUGUCUCCACGCCCCAGUCACACCCCCCCACCCCACUAACCGGUGGGGCACAAAGGCACGUUUUAUUUAUUGUUUGCUGGACUUGGUAGGGGGCCGGGGAGGAGGAGCCACUAGGGGCUGUCUAUCCCCUCCCCUUUCUCUAUGCUUCUGUGUUGUCACUGUCUUCGCUGUAUGCCCUGUUUACAAUUUAAACCGGAGCCCUCUAUUGACUUAGGGCUCUCACUGAAGGCACUGUGACAUCACAGGAUGGGUUCAGCUGCCUUUGUGACCUCGCAGGAAGCGCAGAAACUUGGCUGUGACAUCACAGGAUGGGUUCAUCUGCCUCUGUGACCUCGCAGGAAGUGCAGAAACUUCACUGUGAUUGAACAUUGUAUAUGGCUUCAUCUCAAAUGUCAUCCCUAUAUUACUUACUUGCCUUGAGGCACAUAAGGCAUCCACAAGGGAGCACCACUGCUUCUGGUCUGCAUUCCCGAUAUAGUAUACACAUAGUACUAUGUGGCUCUGGUAAAUAGUAGUGCCCUAUGGGGGUGUCAUUUGUAUAGGGUGUAAUUUGUUCUACUGCUCAUUUAUACAAAAUCACUGGACAGGUGAAAGCAAUAUUGAAGCCUACUGAUAGGCAUUGCCACCAUAUCACUUAUAGCUAUCCCAUUUCUUAAAGAUCGGUGGCGAGCAGUUUGAAUGCAUAGGAAAGCCACUUAACAAUGUUGAUCCAACCAGGAGUAGGGUGACGUUGCCCCUAGACGCUGAUCUUGGUUCAGUUUCCCCACUAAUGGUUAAGGUUAGGAUUGAGGGAGGGAAAGCUGAUCGUAGAUCUGUACUUAGGGGAAACAUCACCCUAGAGCAUCCAACCACUAGAUGGGCAAAGGUCCCUCUGGGACCUACAGACAGUGCUGGACUGGCUGUGACACCUGUUGUAGGGACACUCACCAUUUGCUUACCUGUGUGUUUUAGUUGUUGUUGCUGCUGUUGUUGUUAUUGGCAUAUUCUUGAAGUUGACAAAGUUGAAAUGAGAUUCUCAUUUUUAAAACUGCUUUUUGCCAAAUAUCUUUUUUAAAAGUUUUGUUCCUAGUGUCCAGUUGAUUCUUUGUUUUUCUGUACGCUAAGGGAGUGAAGUUCAGUGUGUGUGUAUGAACAGCCUUCAAAGCUUCUUUGAUGUUUACUAUGUUUAAGCUGUCAGCUUCAUUGCGAAAGGACAAUUUGUGCGUGUGUGUAUGCACGUGGUUGUGUGGGUGCGUGAGCUUGUAUGUGUGUGUGCAUCCGUGCAUGGGUGUGCACGUGUGCAUAUGUGUGCAGAUUGCUUUGAUACUUCAUCCCCACUUACGUUGAACUAUCAACAAUGUCAAGUCAGCUGCAGUGAUUUCACCUCACAUUCCAAAAAAACACUCAUUUGAAAUGAAUGGAUAUGUUAAAGGAAUAACUAAUUGUUUGUACAUCCUCCACUCCAAAGUGCUUCAGACUGUCUGUUCGUGAGUCAGGGUGGGUACAGGAUACCUUUGUUAAUCAGGUUACUGUUGGACUCUUGUUUAAUCAAGCUAUGUUGCUGUUUUAUCUCUAGUUGCUCCUGUCAGCACUUUGCAAGGUUGUUUCACUACAAGACACUACAACGCAACACUAGUCCUUCAAUGCAGAUGGAGUUGUGUUAUCUAAUGUAAGACAAUGAGGUGAAGCAAUUGCAGUCAGUUGAUAUUGGCUGCAAUCAGAAGCCCUCCUGUUAGGUGAACUGCCCUAGUAAGAGAGAGUUUCAGAGAAAUCUGCCCAUUCAAUUUCACAACAAUAAAGGACGCUAUGAUGCAUCCUUCCAGUUCAUUAUAACGGUCAUUCUUGUACAUUUUGUGAAAUCAAAUAUCUAACACAGAGAGUUAGUUAUGUCUAUUCUACACAACACAUUUCUAGCUGAGCGUUGUGCCCUCCAAGCUCGAGGUUCACACGGGCAGGAGUUAGAGGUUAGGGGGAAGUAGUGCUUACACGUAGACGGUUGGUCAGGGUUAGCCUUGAAUAUUUACAUCAUGAAAUACAGAUCUAUAUUUAAAGUGCAAGCAAAAAUGUUUACUUGAAAGUGUGUAAAAGCCUUUAAUUAU